AUAUAUAUAUAUAUAUAUACAUCACAUAUAUAUAUAUUAAAUAUAUAUAUAUAUAUUAUUUAUUUAUAAAAUUUAUUAAAAAUGGAUCAUAACAAACUUUAUAAUAAGUUCGUUAAGGAAAUUGAAAAAUUGAUUCAAUUAAAAAAUGUUCAUAUAACAACAAAUAAUAACAUUUUUUCCGUAUCAUUAAAUAUGGAAGACGAUGUGGAUCGAAAGGCUGUUGUUAAUGGGAUCGUUCAAGCUAUUCAAAGUAAAACUGAAAAAAAUUUAUACGUUAAAUUUGAAAAUUUAUUCCGUUUUUAUAAUGUUAUGAAUCAAUAUAAAAUAAAAUUCAAUCAAGAAAAUGGAAAAAAAGUUAAACAAAAAUUAAUGAAUGAUAUUAAUUUAAAAGGAAAUUAUAAGGUUAUAAGAAAAACCAUUAGAAUUUAUCACUUUUUUAAUUGUCAAAAAUUAUGUGGAAUCGAUGAUGCUUAUAAAUAUUGUCAGAUUUCACCUCGUGAAUUUGAUAUAUUAAGUGAUGAAAAAUGGACUACUUUGGCUGCUAAAUAUGAUUUUAAGGAGGAUUAUGAUAAGGAUUAUUUAUAUUGGCAAGUAAGAAAUAGGAAAAGGAAAGAAAAAGAAGAAAGUGAAGUAAGUGAAGAAAGUGAUAAAACUAUAUCAGAUUUAGAUGAAUAAUUAAAGUUAUAAUAUGAUAUUUAGAUUAUAAUAUAUGAUAUAUAUAUACAAUAGUAUAUAUGAUUGAUAUACAGAAUAUACGGAUAGUACAGAUAUAGUACACAUUAAGUUUUUUUUAAGUUUGAUAUGUAUUACGGGAUUAUAAUUAGAUAAAGAUUUUUAAAUUACGAUUUUUUUUUUUUAUGUAAUAUUUAAGCUUUGAUGUAACUUUUUUUUAUGAAAUCAAUAAAAAAAAAAAACGCAAUUGACGCG